CCUGUUUUCACAUUCACAGUUGUGCUCGAGCAAAGGUGAUGCCAACAUCCGCUGACAGAGAGACAGAGACAAUGCAAGGCUGCUGAAGGAGCCGGAUUUCUCACUUCCACCUUAUUUUCUGAGCUUUCUUUUCAGCGCUCAUGAGGAUGUUCAAACAAGGCGGGGCUCGAUCUGCUGCCUGGACGAACCACAAGUAGGAGAGAACAGAGAGGGAGAGCUGGAAAGGAGUCCUGCUGCUGCUGUUUCAUGACAUCUGAGAUCCGAACAUGAAUUCGGCCGAGCAGACGGUAACGUGGCUCAUCACGCUGGGAGUCCUGGAGUCUCCCAAGAAGAGCAUCUCGGAUCCAGAAGCUUUUCUCCAGACGUCCCUGCAGGAUGGAGCGGUCCUGUGCAGGCUGCUGGAACGACUCAGACCCGGGACGGUGGACAAAUUUUUCCAGGAACCAAGGAGCGACAGCGAGUGUCAGAGGAACAUUGCCGAGUUUAUUAAAGGCUGCGGGGCUUUCGCCGUGGAGCCCUUUGAGGUCAAUGACCUGCUGCAAGGACUGAACUUCACCAAGGUGCUAAACUCAUUGGUUGCCCUUAACAAAGCUACGGAAGUUAUAGGAGGUCCUGGAGACAGUGUGUGUGUGCCGCGCUCCUCAACGCUGAGGAUCAAGUCAUUUGACUCCCUAAACACUCAGAGUCGCUCCUCUAAACUGCUGCAGCCUCAGUACCGCAGCCUGGACAUGUCAGAGGACAGGGGGUGUGGCCAGUUGCUGGUCAAGGCUCGCUUCCCUUUCCAGCAAACCAAUGAGGACGAACUGUCUUUCUCCAAGGGUGACAUCAUCAAUGUGAGCAGGCAGGAGGACGGGGGCUGGUGGGAAGGCUCGCUGAACGGCAAGACUGGGUGGUUCCCUAGUAACUAUGUGCGGGAGCUGAAAGGAAGCGACAAAGCAGCAGACAAACCCAAGUGCGGGACACUGAAAAGUCCGCCCAAAGGCUUCGACACCACCAUCAUCAGUAAGACCUAUUACAACGUGGUCCUACAGAACAUCCUGGAAGCAGAGAAUGAAUAUUCGAGGGAGCUGCAGAGUCUCUUGGGUUCGUACCUUCGCUCACUUCACCCCACAGACAGACUCAGCAGUGUUGACAUCGGUCACAUUCAAGGGAAUCUAGAGGAGAUCUCAACCUUUCAACAGAUGUUGGUUCAGUCUUUGGAGGAGCAUACCAAACUUCCUGAGAACCAGCAGAAGAUUGGCGGGUUCUUCCUGAGUCUGAUGCCCCAGAUGAAGAUCAUCUAUGUGGCUUACUGCUCUAACCACCCAUCUGCUGUUAAUGUACUAACACAACACAGUGAAGAACUGGGGGAGUACAUGGAGUCAAAAGGGGCAUCUAGUCCUGGGAUCUUGACAUUGACCACGAGCCUGAGCAAACCUUUCACCAGACUAGAGAGAUACCCAACGCUGCUGAAAGAGCUGGACAGACAUAUGGAAGAGCAGCACCCAGACAGAGGUGACCUCCACGCUGCCAUGACGGCCUUCAAAAGCCUUGCAGCUCAGUGUCAGGACGUGAGGAAGAAGAAGGACCUGGAGCUGCAGAUUUUAACCGAGCCAAUCAGAAACUGGGAGGGGGAUGACAUCAAAACCCUCGGACCUGUUCUCCACAUGUCCCACGCCACAGUUCACACGCAGAAUUGUCAGGAGUCAAAUGAACGCUACCUCGUCCUCUUCCCUCACACUCUGCUCGUACUCUCUGCCAGCCUCAGAAUGAGUGGAUUCAUCUACCAGGGGAGGAUGCCGUUAUCAGGAAUGCUUAUCUCCAGGAUAGAAGAUGGAGAAAACUUGAGGAAUGCUUUUGAAAUAUCAGGUGGUCAGUGUGAGCGGAUGCAGGUAGCGUGUAACACUCAGCAAGAUCUGCAGGACUGGCUGGAUCUUCUCACCAAACACACACACACUCCGACUGCACACACACACUCCUACAAGCCUCAGUCCGUCUGCCACACACUGCCCUCUCAUCCCGUCACUCCGACCAGACACUCCGAGUCUCGUGGGGGAAGCGUCGGACACGCCUACCACACCCUUCCUCAUCCCUCUUCGUAUGGGAUGGGUCACAGCAGCAGCAGCCCGAUGUGGGGGCCGCUGGAGCAACCAAGUACUCCCAAACCCUGGAGCUUGAGCUGCCUUCGCCCUGCGCCUCCACUCCGGCCCUCUGCUGCUCUCUGCUACAAGGAGGAUAUGAGUAAGAGUCCUAAGAACAUGAAGAAGCUGCUCCCGAAGAGGAAGCCAGAGAGGAAACCUUCAGAAGAGGACUUCACUGUCAGAAAGAGUACAGCAGCUCUGGAGGAGGACGCUCAGAUACUCAAAGUGAUUGAGGCGUAUUGUACCAGUGCCAAAACACGACAGACCCUCAACUCCACCUGGCAAGGGACUGACCUCAUGCACAACCACGUGCUCGCUGACAGCAGCCUCACUGUGGCUGGGCUCCCAGGCAACCUGCCAUGCUCUGACCAAUCAGAAGACUCAGAUUAUGACAGUAUCUGGACUGCCCAUAGUUACAGGACUGCUUCAUUUUCUCGCUCCAGCAGGAAGGAUGUGCAGAUGUUGUUUCCGGAGGAGGAGAAGAUUAUCGUAGAGGAAACACGGAGCAAUGGACAAACUGUGAUGGAGGAGAGGAGUCUGGUGGACACCGUGUACAGUCUCAAAGAUGAAGUCCAAGAGCUUAAACAGGACAACAAGAGGAUGAAGAGGACGCUGGAGGAGGAACAGCGAGCGAGAAAGGAGCUGGAGAGGAUUGUCAGGAGAGUUCUGAAGAACAUGAACGACCCGACCUGGGAUGAGACUAACCUCUGAGAUGAUUUUAUAUCUGAACAUCGUAGAUGAGAUAAGUUUCUGACUUUUAAAUCCUCAAAUGACCAGAGCUGUCAGUCAUCCUGGGUGGACAGAAGCUGCCAGUAGUUCAUGCCGCUCUUCAACGUGUCUCCACUUCCACUUGCUCUGACCUUCACAGUGACCUGUGUGCCAAACUGUGGUCCAAGAGGAAAUGCCUGCCAGCCAUUAGCAAGCCAUCCCAACCGACCAUAAAGCUGUGAAGCCACAAUAGAUACGAUGUCACCCCUUUCUGUCAGGCUCCUUCAUCUCGUCUUUGGAGCGUAGACAAAAAGAAUGCCUUUCCUCAUUUACCUGCAUCUUCAUCAUUGACUGGGCGGUGCAUGAAUCCGAGCUCCACGUGGGUUUUUAUAUUUCAGAAAGAUAUCACAGCAGUACGUGAAUGAAUUCCCUCAAUGAAACUUGAAACAGACAUUCCUAAGCAGCAGUUUUGUCUCAUUUUCAAAUGUUAAUCAUUCUAAAAUCACCUUUUGAAAUUCAUAUGUUAAUGAUUCACAGACUAACAAAGUAUAAAGUUGUUUUAUUUGUUAUAUCAAAUACAUUUUAAAUGAACUGAACCUACUUUUACCAGCACUUAGAAGCAGGUUUUACAGAAUUAGCUAAAAGGUCUCAGUGUAUUGUGAAGGUUUUUGCAAACAUUUAGCUUGACAUUUUAGACCAGAACACUCUAUUACUUCCCAUUAAAUGUGAGCAGAAUUUCUACUUCUGCCUACUAAUGACUAUUUGGAGGCUCAAACUAAACAUUAAUGGGUUUUUGACAAUAAUAUGAAUUAGUCAGUGGGUCAUUUGAUGUAUUUUAACUUUUGAAAACAGAACCUCUCAGAAAUGUGGAGUUACUUGAAAAUCAUCUUGUAAUUGUGAAACAGUUUCUCAGGAAUUAACACGACCGUCCAUUUUAAAACUGCACAUCCAAAGCAAUAUCUAAAGGAAUGGAAAGCUUGACAAAAAUUCCAACAGUCAAACUGCUGAACUGCCUCUUACAUGAAGUUUAUUUACAUCAAGUUCCCCUAAAAAUUAAGCUGCCCAAAAGAAAAAAAAACCCCCGCAAACCUGUGUUAUAAUGGAACAAUCAAACUACGAUAUCAGGAAGAUUAAAGUUAAGCAAAGAUAUUUCUGAAAGCCGAUACUGUACCAACACAAUCCCUGCCUGUUUAGCUACAGAUUUACACUUUUGACUUUUAUGUACCUUUUUUUUAAACUUACCGUACUGUGGUCAGCAGUUUUUGCUCCUCAUGUCAGCUAAGAUACAAUCAAAUACACCAGAAUAAAUGUUUUUAUUUGCAGUGUCAUACGUCUUCUGUAUACAAUAUAAAAGUAAUUAGAACCGUCUAUGUAACAGUCCACUUUUUAGAAAUUUUCAAUUGCAAUGUUACCACCUUAAAUGUUUCUAGAAGCCAGUUGAGUUUCAUUACAAGUACUGUCUAACUAAGAAAAGUUAAACUGCACUUAACUGAUACUGUCUUAUUAUUUGCAGAAGAAGAAAACACUGUUUUACUCAAAUGAUGUCCAGAGCUAAACAAAAAUAUUCCCACUGAGACCGCUGAACGCUCUUUCUGUUUCAAGACCAAAGUCAAAGCAAUACAACUCUGGAAAAAUGUUUUUUACGAUGUCGAUAUGCAACUUACUGUAGAAUGAUUUCUUAUUUUUUAUAUUUGUUAUUGUCUUUUUACUUUGAUUUGUAACACUUGUUAUUUUCUACUUGACCCGGCUGAUCACAUUUGUACAGAAAAGCAGCAGCGUAUUUCUCAGGAGCGUCUGGAGACAUGCCAUUUAGAGAAAAAGAAAAAAAAAAAGAAUCCCGUGCUAAAGCUUUGAGCUUCAAGACUUCACCUACAAAUUCCACAUUGCUGAAUUUAGAACCACACUAAUGUAAACCAUGUAAUACAGUGUGCCAGUUAUUGGCCGUCUAACUUAUGUAUUUAACUGACUGAUGUAAAUGUGUUGUGUGUUCAGAUGUUACAGUGAUGAAAACGAUUACAGUAGUUACUAUGAAGAGAAUCAUCCCCCGCUAUUUAUUUCACCCGUUUGUCAGUGAAUAAACUGUUGAUCAAACUUCAA